GGUCCAAAAAGAUUUCAGGACUCAGCAGGUACCUUAAAUCAAAUUGCUUAAAUAUCUGCUGCAACAGAGUGAAUCUUCAAAUCUUGGUUUCAGAAUUUUUAUUGUUCUGAAUCCAAGACCGCACACACUUUGAAAUUUUCCAUGUUUUGGUACAUUACCACCAAAACUUCAGUGUAUUUUAUUGGGAUUUUAUGUUCCAGCUUACAUCCAUCUUUGAACCUGAAGUGGAAACUGAAUCUGGAAACAUUUCCUACAGAUUCAAGUGUCCUGGUUUGGGUCUCUUCCAGUGUUCUCUGACUGGACUGGUGUUUGACAUGACUCAGGAGGUGGAAGUUCUGUACAGGAUUAUCCAGUGGGAUCAGAGUAUCCUCCAAUCAACUGGAAAGACGGCAGCAGGGCCGCUGUUUGAGAUAAAGGGCUGUGAGGAUGCAAUUCGUCAACUCCACUUCCCACAUUGUGAAACAGAUCAAGCUGUGCUCUCUGAUGACUUGCUGUCUGUCAUCAACUUCUCCGAUGAUGGAUUUAGCGUCCUACAGCCACUGAAGAUCACAGAUACUCAUGUGAUUGUAGAAGUCUCCCACCUCUCUGCCUUUGGGCUUAUCUGGGAUUUCAUAAAGAGGUUUUUGACCAUAAAGAAUCCAGUUAAGGGCCAAGUUUUACUGUUUGUCAGAGCAACACCGAUGGGAGCACAGACACAAAACCUUGAUGUUUUUCUCCUGCCAUGCAACGUCCCUCUGCACGAGGUGAAAGCACAGCAUCCACACUCUGUUUACAUCCCGGUGCCUUCCAACUGUAAACUCAUCAAAAAUGAGACUUACACUGUUCUCUGUCCAACAGCCAGGAAAAUCCAACCCAAGAAAGCUGAAUUUGACAUGGAGUUUGGACCAAACUACUAUGCAACAUUUGAGAUCCGUUUUAAUGUAAACACAGAAGAAGUCACUGUAACAGUUCAAGACCAAACCAAUGAAGAAGUCUGGGAGCAUGACAUUGAUAUGGCAGCUGUGCCUCCUUCUCCACCUGUCUCCUGUAGCAGUUGUCAGACGCUUCACCAGAAGAGUGUACCGCAAAGCAGGAUGUUGCCUCAUCCAGGUUCUCCAGAGGUGAAUGUCACACCAAAGCUGAAAGUUUCAACUGAGCUUCUCGAGAUCCUGAAUGAUUUAGAUGAUGGGGACUUUGACACCUUUAAGUGGCACCUCAAGUCUGAGCUGUGGAAAAACAUCAAGCCCAUCCAAGAAAACAAGCUUACGAAGGCAGAGCGGCAUGCAAUGGUGGAUCUCAUGGUGCAGAAGUAUGAGAUAAGCGGAGCUGUAGAAGUGAUGGAGAGCGUUUUAUUGAAGAUCAGCAGGAAUGACCUGGUGGAAAAGUUAAGACUCUUAACUGUGGAUACACCAAUCUGACAUUUAGAUCACAAGUCCACAUUCCAUAUUGUAACAUUAAUCUGACACUCUUCAGGUCUAUGAGAAAUAUUUGACGUAUAU